AACUACAGAAACGUAGGUGAAUUUUAAAGCAAAAGAAGUUAUACAGGUUUGAGUCCUUGUCAAAUUUUAGUUUGACUAAAUGAAGGUUUGAGUCCUUGUCAAAUAUCAUUUUGACUAAAUGAAGGUUUGAGUCCUUGUCAACUUUUAGUUUGACUAAAUGAAGGUUUGAGUCCUUGUCAAAUACCAGCUUGACUAAAGAAGGGUUAGAGUCCCAGUUGACUGAGUUUCAACUAAAGGCAAAAGGUACGGCUUUUAGAGCCUCCUUAUUUACAGGACACUCUUUAAGGGUAAGUCCUCACGUAGAUAGAAAGUUUGUAAUACUGUUUUGUUAUUGCUGUGUUGAUGUUGAUGUUUUUGUCUGCUGCUUUGUUGAUGUGUGUGUAUGAAGGAGUGAAUGGUGUUUCUCUCUAUGGGAGUAAAACUCUCUGCCUUCGGAAUUAGGAUCCAAAGUGAAAAACCGCUUGGAAGCUAGGCUCCAAGUAGAAGCCUGUUUUUCAGGAGGCACUGAGCGCUGAUUUACAGCACUUUCUCUGAGGAAGCACAAAAUACCAAAAAUUUUCAAGCUAAAAUUGCAAGUGAUUUAAAUAAUGGGAAACAAAAAUUCUUGUAAUUCCUCACUCGCUGAGGGUCUCAACGGAGAUGAGAAAUACAUGCUGUCCAGAUUUCCUGGUAGCAUUGUAUACAUAAAAAAAUGGAAAAAUAAAUAUAAAAUAGAUGGGAAGCUGAAAAUUGAGAAAUGGCAAACAAUUGUUGGAAUUUUGGAGAAUAGUGUAGCAAGAAAAAAGGGGAUGAAAAAGGCUAAAAAGGAGGAUGAACUAAGAUGUGCUAAACUAUGGUUAAAAGCAGCCAUAGACCGUAAAGAACAAAUUAAAAAGGUUAAAGAUAAAAAGCUUGUAGAAUCAAAUAACUUAUUUGUAAGGUCAGAAGAAAAUGAAAUGGUGUUAACCAGACGGAAUACUUCGGCGGGACAGAGAGAGCAGGUACGGCCGACUGCUCCUCCCCCGACCGCUGCAGCAGCUCUGUCUGCUUCUGUCUCAGUAUCAACAGCCUCGACAAAUACUUUGUUUGUAAAACCAGAAGAUAAUGAGCCCAUAUUAGCUGCAGUGCAGGCCCCUCCCUUGCGUGCGCGAGCCACACUGCCCUCAGUUUCUCCAACUCUCAUUCCUGCAAAAUCCCCACCAGCUGAUCUAACUACAGAUCCACUGUCAGUUCAUACUCCAACUAAACUUUACCCACCCCUGCCUGUCUCCCCACCACCGUUAUAUGAGGAGGAAGGUGCAGGUCCCAGCGAUCAGGGACAUUCAUAUAACCUGAGGCAGAACAGGAAGCCAAAAGUUUCGUACAGCCUUGAAGGGACGGAACAAUAUCCAAUGAUCCAGGUCCCAAACCCAAAUCCUAGAGAUGGCCAGCCGCCACACAUUUAUGUUUUCAGACCCUGGACCUUGAAAGAGGCCAGAAAGGCGGUAGAAGGAAUAACUCCUGUAUCAGAAGAUCCCGAUAAAUGGAUAGAAGACAUGACGGGAUUAAUCCAUUCAUAUAGAUUAAAUGGAGUGGAAGCAGGAGAAGCAGCCAUGUCCUCAUUAGGAAAGGAUUGGGCAAAAGUGAGGGGAAGUUAUACAGGGAAAGUAAUUAAUAAUAAUAUUUUAAUUCCAAUCCCAUACCCUCCAGGAGCGAACCCCGCUCUCUCUGAUGAUUUUAAAGCACAAUGGGAUCCGUUGUGUGAGAGAGUUAGAACAAAUUUUCGUAAAAGGGCAAAUUAUAGUCAUCUGUCAGGAAUUAAACAAAAAACUGGAGAAGAUGUGGACGACUUUCGUCUACGAUUUGAGAAGGAGUUCAAAGUUCACAGUGGGAUCACUUAUGAUGAAGGACCAGAAAGCGUAUAUCAACAACAAUUAAAAAACGCUUUAAUGUCUAGUUUCCGCCCUGAAAUUGAGGGCUGGAUUAAAAAACACUUGGUUGAAUAUGAUGUUGCCUCAGUCCCACAGCUGAUGACGUGGGCACGUCAUGCAGAAAAAGUAGUAAAAAAACCAAAAACAGGAUCAGAUGUUUUUCAUCUGGAGGAUUUUGGAGAAGUAGAUACCUCUGUCUUGUUCCGUGGCUCCUCAAGAGGCCGAGAGAGAAAUAGCGGCAGAGGAGGUCACUAUGAGAAACCACUCCGAAGUUAUACCCCACAAAAACUACAACAUCCAGAUGGAUGUUGGCAUUGUGGCCAUCCUGGCCACUGGGCAAGACAUUGCCCAGAAAACAAAAUAAAUCAUCGAAGGGGUGGCAGAUGGGAGAAAAAACAAAAGCCUAACUCUUCAACAUGACUAGACUCUGCCACACCCAAACAAAACAUACCACCAGAUAAAAUUGAUGAAAUGGUGGAUAUAUGUGCAGCUUGGGAUAUGUUAAAUGCAUUAAAAGAAAAACCCUACAUUACACUGAUUGUUUGUGGGGAAAAAGUUGAAUUUCUAUGCGACACUGGUGCAUGUAAAACAGUUCUAAAAACUAAAAUAGAAGGGAUAAACCCUACAAAUGAGUCCAUUUGGGUGAAAUCUGCCAAUGGACAAAUACAUAGAGAACAUAUGUCAAAAAAUACAUCUUUUAAAGAUCCUGAAACAGGAAUUAAAGUAAAAGCUUCUGUUGUGAUGUCGUUUCAAUGUCCAAUAAAUCUGUUAGGUAGAGACCUAAUGACAAAAUUAGGGAUAGCAGUAGUCCCUGUACAAGAUGGCAUGAGAGCUGUCAGACUAAAACAUUCUGAUCUGUAUACAGUUCAAAAAGAUGAAAAAAUCUACUGUUCAUAUGAUCUAAAGCCAGUUGACAAUCCUCAUGUUCCAGGAAAGCUUCUCAGAGAAGCUCGAGGACAACUGGACUUACCUGAAACAGAAAUGAACUACAAUCAAUUGCAUGUAACAAUGAACAUCCUAAAUGAUACACAGGAUGAUUAUGUGCAAAAGUUUUUAGAAACAAAUCCUGUGACACUUGCUGUGACUGAAAUAUUCACAGACCGUCGGUCUUAUGCAGCUGUGACUGUGCU